AUGAUGGUGGCAGCUUGGCGCUCCAGCGCAGGGCCGCCUGGGCGAGGCCUUCGCCGCUGCCUCCUGCAUCUGUCCGUGGUUGCUGCGGUGUGCGUGUUGCCUUUUCAGGCCGCGGCAGUCAGGGCGCCGGUGCGGAUCGCUUGCAUUGGCGAUUCGAUCACUGCCGGCUUUGCGCUGCAGAACAGAUCUCUCGCCUACCCUGGUCGCCUCGAGGGCCUGCUGAGGCAGAGGUCUUCCUCAGAGAUCGAGGUGGUCAAUCUGGGGGUUCCCGGUAGGCCACUGAUGAAGCACGGCUGCCAGGAUAGCGCCCUGGAGAAGGCCCACCGAAGUUCAAAGGAGCCUGACGUCGACCCACGGGCCGACGUGGUCAUGGUCAUGCUGGGCACCAACGACGCCCACGGAGAGGGCGAGUGGCCCUGCAGCAAGCCCUUCCAGGAACAGUACACGAGGCUGAUCGAGAGCCUGGCACAGGCCCCCUCCAAGCCGCGCGUGUACGUUCUGACGCCGCCGCCGGUGACCAGCCCGCCCGACUGCCCGGACUGCCCGCCCUUUGGCGGCAUCUCCAGGAGGGUCGUGAACGAGGUUUACCCGAAGCUCCUGCGCACGGUGUGCGACCGCAGUUCUUCCUUGGCGUCUUUCGUGGACGUGUGGUCGAGACUCGGCGGGUCUGGCAUGGCUGCCUCCAUGACGCUCGACGGCGUGCACCCGAAGGAGGAGGCCCAUCUGGACAUUGCUCGCUCGCUGGUGGACGUGCUAUGUGCGGACUUGGACAUCUGUGGCCGAUCGUCCAGGGAACGAUGA